AUGAAGGACGAAUCAGUGAUGGAAGCCAUAGAAGAAGUAUUCCAAUUCUACGAUACUAAAGGUGACUCAAAAAUUGCCGCCUCACAGAUAGGGAACUGUCUCCGUUCGCUGCAGCUUCAUCCAACUGAGGGCCUAAUCGAGAGAAUGACACACCAAUGGAAAGAUCAACCAGAAGCUCGCGUAUCCAUGGAAGAAUUCGCACCGAUUUAUAUGAAUGUAAAAAAAGAGUCUGGACCACCACCAACCGCUGAAGAAUUUCAGAAUCUUCUCGCUCAUUUCGAUCGUGAAGGAGCCGGUAUCGUAAUGUUACCCGAUCUUCGAUAUAUGCUUCAGAAUUCUGGCGAGAGAAUGACUGGUCGUGAUGUGGACCUACUACUGAGCAACAUGGAAAUCAAUGAAGGGAAAGUUCCAAUCAACGAAUUCGUCCGUAUGAUAAUGUCGUAA